AAGGAGGUCAAAACAAUGGUAGGCUAUAACAAGUACACGGGAACCAAAAACCUUAUAAUUGAAACGGCCUUGUUGCUAAACUUGCUUUUCAGCUCUGACCUUUAGUGUCGGUGUUACUUCCGUGUUCAUACCUUGAUACACCUGUGUUAUAGGUGCGGUAGAUAGUGAUACUUAAGCCACCUGCUACGUUCUAUUGCUAUUACUCUUGUAGACUAUUUUACGUAACAUGAGCGCGGAGCCAGGAUCAUGUCAUUCAACACCUGGGUGCUCUUUACAGGACGACCGAGACACUGAAGUAGAAGUUACAGAAAGUUCGAGAAACUUGAAUAUGGAUUUACAACAGCCCAUUUUAUCCGCGUUGAAUGUACUCCGGAAUGAAAUUCGAUCAGCUAAAGAGGACUCCGGGUUGUCUGGAAAGGCUGCGGUGACCUCCUCCGACUCAGAAUCGGGUAUAUUCUCCGGUGAAUCGGAACUUUGCGUGGAACAUGAAUCAGACCUGGACUGGUUCUGCUGCUCCGAGCAGAAACUCAUAUGCUCGCACUGCACCAUAGUGGGAUCCUGCCAGGGACACACGGUGAUAGCCCUGGCCAACAGAGUGACAGCAGUCAGGAACCACCUGGUUGACGUGUGUGAGAAAAUGCAGCUGCAGGCCCUGCGCAUCGAGCACUUUAUCAACAAGACUCUGACUGCCAAAGAGCGGGCACUGCAGGUGGAGGCGAGCGGGGCUCGGGAGCGAGUGGUGGCACAGGUCAGUGUGGUGAGGGAGGCGGUGGAGGAGGAGGAGCAGCGGCUGCUAGAAGCCGUGCAGAGGGAGGAGGAGAGGGUGGAGCAGUGCCUACUCACUCAGAGAGCCCACUGGGGCCAGGCCCUAGCUAUGCUCACACAGACACGCACACGCCUGGUGCACACUCUCACAAACACACCGGACAUACAGCUGGCGACCUCUGGCCAAGAAAUAGCUGACAGGGUUGAGGAUGCAGAGGGGGUGGGUGAACCCUGUGACACAGACCGGCUCAACCUGAAUGCAGGUUGCAGUGACAGCAAACUCAUGAGGGGCCUGUGGGCCAGCGCCAUACUGCUGGGGCCAAUUGCUUAUGGUUCAGCACAUCUGACAUUUGACGAGCGCACCGUCAGCUCCCUACUGUCCCUCUCAGAAGACCUUUGCACUCUGACCUUCCUGCCUAAGAGGUCACGCCAGUCCCCGCCCUACGACCCGGCGCGCUUCGACAGCUGGCCCAAUGCGCUGGGCACCCUGUCAAUCUCCUCCGGCACCCACAGCUGGGUGAUGGACGUGGGUGAAAGCGGGGCCUUCAAGGUGGGGGUAUGCUACACCAGUAUGGGGCGUAAGGGCUCGGGCAACAACUCCCGCCUGGGCUACAAUGGCCAGUCCUGGGUGCUCUCCAAAUAUGAUGGGGACUUCUCCUUCUGCCAUGCGGGGAAGAACACACCCCUGCACGUGAUCCACAAGCCCAAGAGUCUAGGGCUGCUCCUGGACUGGCCCAGUCAGACCCUGGUAUUUUAUGACCCAGACUCCAGUGCCGUGUUGCACUCUGUCAGACACACCUUCAGUGGCCCGCUGCUGCCUGCAUUCGCCGUGGCUGACCGUAGUGUCACCAUACUGCACUGCCCUCCGAAGUAACCGUCUAUAGUGCCAUUGAUAUAGAAUUACAAUUACGGAUAACACUUUCAGAAGACAUAUCUUAUGAGUUGAUAAUAUAACAUUGUAAGGGCCUAUUAAUGCUCAUAACAAGUAAUAAUGCAUUAUACCUGCUGAUAAAAUCUUACUGAAUUACUAAUAUUUGUACGUAAUUCUAAUAGAAUAGAAUACUAAUCAAAGCUUCACAAUGUAUUUGAAUGGAAUCAAAUUUCUGUCUGCAUUGAUGAGGUAUGCAGCCAGUUCUCCUUUGUUAAGGAACAUAUUUCUAAUUUAUUCUUUGUUUAUCUGAAGUACUGCUUCUGUAUAGAUUUCUGUAGAUCAAAUUAUACUGUAGUCCUAAUGUGUCCGUGAUUAAUUUGUUGUGAAGUCUGUCCCAAACUCUUAAUUUAAGUUUUAGAAGUAUGCUAUUUAUAUUUAUUGCACUUUUAUGAUCUGAUAAUCAUUUUUGAUAACUUCAGUGAAUGUUUUCUACCUUUUCGAGAGACACCUGUUUGCGGAACUGGUUGAUCCAGAAGUUGCUCAGUGUGCUUGCUACCUGUCAAAUGUAUUAAAAUAUUUUUGAUUGUCUGAUA